AUGUAUCCGGUCGACAUCCUGAACCAGCGGCACACGAGAUUCGUUCUCUGGGUCCCACAGUCGGACAGCUCGACAGCCCAACCGCCGGUUCUCGUGAUCGGGACCACGGACAAGGGUGCUGGUGUCUUCCAAGAGAUUGGACGGUUCCCUCUCGCUCACUCAGACGGGGUUCAGUUCCUCGCCGAUGUGGUGAUGGCGUUUGGCCAUGAUCCAUACAGCUACAUUGAUUUCGACAACUUCCACCUCAAGCCGGACCUUGAGCCAGACAACCCGGAUAGCUACCAGUCGGAUAGGAACGGGCAGCUGCGGGACGGUUUCGGCGGCAACUCGUGGCGUCGUUAUAUCCGCUCAGUCCAUUCAUACGAUCCCGAGACAGGGGACGUCCAUUCUGCGGUCCAUCCCUCGUGGGCCUUCCACCGCUGCCAUUUAGCCCGGUGGAUGACGGGUUUUGGCGCGGUGAACUACAUCACGUCCCACGACAUUGAAGGCCCCCCGAAGGCGAGGCUGUACAACUUCCUUAUCGGCAACGGGAUAAGAGACGUUGAGAAGCGAACCAAACUGGCUUUUGCGCUGUUGUUGACCAGCGUCGGAACCCCUAUGAUAUUCGCUGGUGAGGAGUUCGCCGACCAGAUGGACCGCAGCGUCGACAUGGGCAAGAAGCAGAGUGACCCGGUCAACUACGAGCGGAAGAACGACGGCGGGUGGCGGCAGGCCCUGUUCGGGUAUGUCGCCAACUUGGUCAGAUUCCGGGCCAAGUGUCCUGCCCUAGGGGAGGACGACACUGAGUUCUUGCGCGUCGAUGUGAGCCGUGGCGGGCGCAUCAUGGCGUGGCUCAAGGGCGAUGAGAACAACCCCGGGGCAGAGAAUGUGAUUGCAAACUGGCCCGACAGAGACCAGGACGGCUGGCGGGAGAUUUCACAAGGCAGAGAGGUUCCGCUUGAGUGGGUUGGUCGCGAGCCGCUGGCGGCCUGGGAAGCCAAAGUUUACACGCGUUGGACUGAGCGCCCCUGA